GAAAACGCCGCGUUGCACCGUGUGCGCGCGUGCGUGCGUGCGAGCGGGCGUGUGUAGGAGUAGUUGAGCAGCUGGUGCCUGGGGAUCACAGGACAGUCGAAGACCGGACUGUAGCUCAGCAAGGGAGCGCAGCGAGGGAGGAAGUGGGGAGGUGGAGAGAGAGAGAGAGAGAGAGAAAAAAAGCGAAAAACUAAAAAAAGGACAGAAAACAUCUGGACCUCAUUUGCAACCGGUGGAGAGAAAUACAAAAAAGACUUCAGUAAAAAGAGCUGUUUUAGCCCUAAACGUUUUUCACUGGUCUCUAUAAACAAAGAAGCUGCAGGGUACUUUUCGCUCUCUUGGAAACCAAGUUUCCCUGGACGUCCAAUGGAAUAUGUUUUAAUAUCCCAUUCCCACCGCGGGACAAUAGGAGCCCGUGGUGUUGUAAGCGGAGCAAAAGGGGAUACGGUCGCUCCGUCGCAGAAUCAGAGUCGCUAACAGGAAAGUAACAGAUGUUUCAAACGUCUUGCGUGUUGUCUCCGAUGACCUUAAUGAUCGGGACCUUCAACCAAUCGCUUAAAAUCGCGAAUCUGGGUCUUGAAGAAGACUGACGUUGCGCGUCUAGCGGGCUGUGGGUCCGGCUGCAUGAGAAACUGUUUGAUGCACACAUAUAGACUGUUGUUGAUUGUAAUGACUUGUUAGCAUUGUUUGAUCGUUGUCGGUGCUGUAAGGAACUCGCAGGCUACACAGUGAACAGGAAAGGCAGAUAUCCUAUUUCGAAAACGCUUCUUGUGAAACAGUCUGACGCUUUACAGACGACUUAUUCUCCCUCGGACGUCGGACAUGGGGUGACCUCAUUUGGACAUCCUGGGCAGCUGUGGCUGGGAGGGGCAAGGUCCUUAAGCUCCGCCCCUUCUGGAGAGAAUGACUGCUUGUCCCGGCGCCGUAGCCUGCCAAGCCGUUGCCAUGAGAAGCAUGUACCACCAGUACUACAACAGGUCCGUCAUCGAGGCCCACUACCUCUUCGCCAAGGAGCUGACCCCGGCUCAGCUGCAGGAGCGCAAUCAAGCGGGGGCGGGGCUUAGCUGGCUGUCCGUCUUCUUCAUCAUUAUCUGCAGCGUCAUCAUCCUGGAGAACCUGCUGGUGCUGCUGGCUGUCUUCCGCAACAAGAAGUUCCACUCUGCCAUGUUCCUCUUCAUCGGGAACCUGGCCUUCUCCGACCUGCUGGCGGGCUCCGCCUACAUCGCCAACAUCUGCCUGUCGGGCCCGCGGACCUUCCAGCUGGUGCCGGUGGAGUGGUUCGUCCGCGAGGGCACGGCCUUCAUCACGCUGGCUGCCUCCGUCUUCAGCCUCCUGGCCAUUGCCAUUGAGCGCUACAUCGCCAUCACCAAGGUGAAGGUGUACGGCUCCAACAAGACGUGCCGCAUGUUCCUGCUGAUCGGGGCCUGCUGGGUGACCUCGGUGCUGAUGGGCGGACUGCCCAUCAUGGGCUGGAACUGCCUCAAUAACCUGCCCAAAUGCUCGGCCGUGCUCCCGCUCUACUCCAAGGACUACAUCCUCUUCGUGGUGACCAUCUUCAGCAUCAUCCUGCUGUCCAUCGUGGUCCUCUACGUGCGCAUAUACCUCAUUGUGCGCUCCAGCCACCAGGAGACCACCAACUCGCCCGCCUACGCCCUGCUCAAGACCGUCACCAUCGUGCUGGGCGUCUUCAUCGCCUGCUGGCUGCCGGCCUUCACCGUGCUCCUGCUGGACACCUCCUGCCGCAUGACCUCCUGCCCCGUGCUGUCCCGCGCCAACGUCUUCUUCGGGCUGGCCACGCUGAACUCGGCGCUGAACCCGCUCAUCUAUACUCUGCGCAGCAGGGACAUGCGACGCGAGUUCCUGCGAGUGCUGUGCUGCUGGGGGGUGCUGCGGGGCGGCCGCCCGGCCGACCGCUGCGCCGUGCCGCUCAAGAGCUCCAGCUCCCAGGAGCACUGCACCGACAAGCACGAGCACCAGGCCACGCCUAUCAUGCAGGAGUGCACCACCUGCGUCUAAC